AUGGCUGACAGACAUGCGCCCUCUUCCCGAUUGUACACGUCUGGUGUUUCCAGGGCACGAAGCGGGAUGCCCUCGACAACGCAGAGCGUGCGCCGCAACCUCUUCCAAACCCAGCAACUCGCACGCCGACCGCCAACUAACGCCCCCACACCAUCCGAUGCACUACAUCUUGAUCCCGAUGCGCAAAAGGAGCAUCAGCAGCGCUCGCAGUUCCAGUCCCACGAGGGGCAUUUGUCAGAGGAUGACAUCGUAGUGCGAGACCACAACGGCGAGAUCGAGCUGGACGACCCGCCGACGCCCGUGGACGAGACCGUGGAUAUGGAGGCUCUGAACGCGCAGCACGAGAACGAGAAGGAAAGGCAAAGACUGGCCGAGGCAGUUAAACAGCAUCAAAUUGGCCAGCAUAAUGUGCCUUGUCAUCCCGAAGGUAAGGAAUGCUCCUCCUGCAAUAGCAGCAGUCCCGGUAACAGGUGCUCUGGGGGAUCCAUAUCGUCUGUUACUAGCUUGGCUAAACCAGAUAUUUUUGCCUUGACUCCAGAGCUCCUCGAAGCCGUCAAAGCCAGCUUGAGAGCAAAAGUCGCUGCAUUAGACGAGGAUAGCUGGCUGUACGAGCGCCAAGAGCCAUCAGCGCAGCACCAGUGA